AAAAGCGCCGCUCUUCGUCCGGCUCCUCCGCGUUCCCCUCAGCCAGCUGGACGCCAUGUUGUUCUAGCUUUCCGCUCCGCGGCGGGUGGUCUGUGCUGGACGUGAGGAGCUCCCGGCGUCGGGAGAGGCAGGAGGGUUGCGGGCUUUUCGCGCCGCCGCGACCUGGCGAGAUCCGACGCCAUGGCAGCAGCCUUGGGAGGAGGAGGAGGAGCAGGAGCAGAAGAUGACUUUGAUCGUCAUAAACCUGGUGCAGAAAGAUCUUGGAGAAGGAGAACGGGAGAUGAUGAUUGGGAUAGUGAAUUGGAUGAUGACUUACUAGGAGAAGAUUUGUUGAUUGGCAAAAAGACUCAGUCUGAUAUGUCAGAUGAAGAACUGAAUGAUGAUCUUCUGCAAAGUGAUAAUGAAGAGGAUCAGCAUUACAGUUCUCAAGAUGUCACUGUGAGUCUUAAUGCUACAACUAACGUGGUGACAUCCUUUGAGCUCACUGAGAAUGCUAAUGAAACAUCAUCUAUUGAACAAGACUUAGAAUAUGAACAAGGGGAAGAUGAAAUUGGUUAUGACAAAUCAGAUGUUCCUGAAGAAUAUGCAGAGGAAUAUUCAGAAGAACAGUAUGAAGGCCAAGAGGCUGAGUUGACAGAAGACCAAAUAGAAUAUGGGGAAGAUCAGGGUGAAGAAGAGAAUUAUAAUGAUGAAGUGCUGGAUCUUGAAAUCAAUGAACCUCUAGAUGAAUUUCCGGAUGAAGAUUAUGUACAAUCUUGUAGUGGAGAACAAGUAAUUGAACAACAAGAAUAUGUAGCUGAAGAAGAGUUAAAAGAGGUUGCUGAUACCCAGUCACCUCCAAAUGAGUCAGAAGAGGCAGUUAUUGAAAAUCUGGAGUUUCAAGAAGAGAUCAAAGAAGAAUCAGAUGAAGAGGAGGAAGAUAAUGAAGAAUCUGGUCGAUUACGGUUCAAAACUGAACGUAAAGAAGGAACAAUUAUUAGGCUAUCAGAUAUAACAAGGGAACGAAGAAACAUUCCAGAAACUUUGGAGCUUUCUGCAGAAGCCAAAGCAGCAUUAUUUGAAUUUGAAGAACGGGAAAGACAGCUGAAACAAGGGCGGUAUGGGUCCCGAAGAGGAGGAAGACGAGGAGGGUUAUUGAUGUGUCAUGGGCUGGGAGAACAAAGAAGAGACAUCAAUGAAAGAGGAAGAAUGAAGGAUCACCGGCCUUCUUUACUGUCAACCCAGACAGCUAUGACGUGGGUUGAGGUGAGAGAAAGUGACUGGCCCAAAAUCACCAAGCCAGCUUUCAAGCUUAAGACACAUUCAGACAGGAUAUUUCAUCAUCCCAUGCGGAAUCUUUUCCAGCAGCAGCAACAAUCACAACAACAGCCACAACAGCUACAGGGUCUGCUCCCUCUCCCCACUCAGCUUCGCACACCACCCCCUCCCCCUCAAGGAAUUUGUAUGCCAUCCCAAGUAGAUGCCCCAAGAAUGCUGAUGACUUCUUCUUCAGCGGCAUCCCAACAACCAAAAAACAUACACAUAAAUCCACACUUCAAAGGAACUGUAGUAACACCUGUUCAAGUGCCCUUGCUGCCAGUCCCAACCCAGCCAAGACCUGCUGUAGGACCCCAGAGAUUUCCUGGCCCUCCAGAUUUUCAACAAAACACUCCUGGACCUGUUCCUGGCAAUUUCAACCAAACCCCACGACUUUCUCUCCAAGACCAGUGGCGUGGACCUCCACCCCCUCUUCCGCCCCCACCUCCACAAGAGAGAGAAUCUUUCUUCCUGGGAGAGCCGAGAUUUCCCGGCCAUCACUUGUUUGAACAGCGGAGCCCUCCACCACCACCGCCCCCUCUUCUUAACAGCACACACUCUGUGCCUAGUCAAAAUCAGCUCCCAUUCAGUCAGCCUGGACCUGGUUUUAGCCAGCAGUUUCCGAGAGAAAGGCUAGUAAGGCCAAGUUUGCAGCCUCAGGGCCCGGUGGGACUCCUUCACUUCAGCCAGCCUGGAGCAGCCAACGCACGGCCUUUCCUUCCCCCACGGCAGUCCUUCCUGCAGCUCCCAGGACAGCCGUUCCUAAACCCCCUCACCCAAGCCGGCAUGCAGGGCCCUUUGCACCCUCCUUUGCAGCCACAGCCACCACCACAGCAUCCACAGCCGUCCCAACCAUCCCAGCCUCACCAUCAGCCGCACCAGUCCAACCAGCAGCAGCAGCACCUGCUGCCUGUGCCUCCCCAGCCUCUGAUUCCGGUGGCCCCAUCCCAGUUCAGGCCACGCCUACAGACUUCACAGCCAAGCAGUAACCGGAUGCCAUACCAGCAACGGCAAAGUCUGGUAAAGGCCAGGCAUAACACAUCAACACAAAGCAUUGUAAAACGUCCAAACCAGCAGCCCCAGUCAUCUUCCACAAGGAAUAGUAAUUUGCGUGAAUUGCCAAUAGCACCUUUGCAUUCGAUGGAGACUGCUAACAACAACCGACGAACUUCUGUUCAAGCUUCAUCUUCUUCUGUUCAAGCUUCAGCUUCCCCUGUUCAAACUUCAUCUUCUUCUGUUCAAGCUUCAGCUUCCCCUGUUCAAGCGAAACCGGUUUCUAGCACUACAGUUGCUCUGAAACCUCUUACAGCUAUCAAGAACCAAACAGGAAAGAUUGAGUCCAAGCCUAAAACAGUUACUCCCGCGACUCAGCCUAAAACAGUUACUCCCGCGACUCAGCCUAAAGUGGAGGACAAAUCCGAACCAGAGUUUCCCGAUGAAGAUGAAGAAACCAGACAGUACCGUUUGAAGAUUGAGGAACAGAAACGCCUUAGAGAAGAGAUCUUGAAACAAAAAGAGCUCAGGCGGCAGCUUCAAGCUGGGGCCCGAAAAAAAGAACUGCUGGAAAGGCUGGCCCAGCAGCAGCAACAGCAAGGCUGUGUAGGCCAACAGCAAGAAGAAGACCCUUCACAGCUGCCUACCAAUGGAAACCCAUUGCUUUCUCUUCCUGGUGCACAGCCCCGCCAAAAUGUGAAAUAUAGACUAAUGGUUAAAAAACAAGAGCUGGUCAUUCCAGGUUCCCCGACUGCUUUACCUAAGCCUGCAAAUGUUCUCCAGGCUGGAGAUGGUGCACAACUUCAAGGACAGCAAAUAAAAACCAUAAAGCAACUACGGCAGGCUAGGACAGUGCCUGAAAAUGAGCUCCAGACACCCUUUAAAGCUUUGCAAGCAAAAUCUCCUGCUGCUGCACAGGCGAACCUGCCCCAGAUUAGCCGGGUGGCAUUGGUGCAAGGCCAGCCUCCAGAGGUGAAGCCUGGGAUGAAAAGAACUGUCAUGCAGCGGGCAAACAGUGGGAGUGGCGAUGGGCCCCACAUUGGCACCAAAGUCAGGGUGAUAAAAUUAUCAGGAGGGGGUGGUGAGAACAUUGGCUUUUCUCAUUUGGAAGAAUCUCCUCCUCAGCUUCCACAGCCAUCGGAGCAGAGACAUCAGCCAGUACGGAAGGUCACACUGACAAAGGGGACAGUGCAGCAACCACAUCAGCCUCAUCAGCAUCUUCUGUCACAGAUUCAUUCUACGUUUCCUCAAGGACUAAAAAAUAUCCCAGGGAUACAUCAAGUGAAAAAGGGUAUUCUGCAUGGGAGAGGCAGGGGGAUCGCGAGCCAGAUGGGCCGAGGCCGCUUAAUGCCAAGUAAGCCGAAUCUGCGGGUGGUGGAGUGCAAACCUCAGCCCUGCGUGGUGUCAGUGGAAGGGCUUUCUUCAUCCACCACGGACAUUCAGCUGAAGAAUCUGCUCAUGUCAGUAGGACCCAUCCAGAGUUUACAGAUGUUGCCUCAACAACGAAAGGCCAUUGCAAAAUUUAAAGAGCCUGCUGAUGCUUUAAAAUUUCAGCAGAAGUUUCACAGGCACAUGAUAGAUCUCUCCCAUAUCAACGUGGCACUGAUAGUGGAGUGACCACUGGGCAUAAGUUGUCUUAAAAUACAGCAGGUUAUGGAAGAAGUCAAAAGGGUAGAAUCUCCCUGUAAUUUCUGGUGCUGGCUUUGCAGACUCCUUCUGAAACUUCAAAAUUAUUCUGUGACAGCUGCUUGACAACAACAACCUUGCUACAAAUGGAAGUUGGAUUACAAGAGUGAAAACUAUCUGUGUGGAACAUACGGAACUACAGAUCUCAUGUGUGAAUAGUAUACAUGGAUAUUUUUAGGUGAUAUGCUAUGUGAUCACAACGUCUUGGAUCAAAAGAACUUUGACUCUUGAAAAUAAUUUUUAUAAUGUUUUUUUCUUAGGAAAGAAUAUUUGAUAAUGGUUGCCCUUAUCUUCAGUGUGGGAUGUUGAAAUCAGAAUGCACCCAUAAUCUACUGUUUGUAGCUAAGCAUACAGAUGCCUAUAAAACAGAAUAAACAUUGAGCCAUAUAAUUUAACGGGUCUUUUAUUUAUUUUUUGCCAAGAGGCUUUGAAGCUCACUCUUGAAAGAUCUUAUUCCUAGUAAAGUGAACGUAAUUGUUGCACAUAAAAUAUCCCUCUCAGUAUUCCUAAUAUUUCUUACUAACCCUAUUUUGGACAAAUUGUCUUACCAGUUGAGGUCCUUACCUAAGAAGGAUGCUUGUAUUCAGGCUUCUCUCGUGCUUUCUUAGAGGGCUUGUAUGGCCAGGAAAUAACUAGGGUUUGCCGGGUGAUGAGACAGUUUACAUAUUCAGGACAAGGAGAUCCAUUUUGCUUAGGCUUUUGGGAAGUGAGUUACUGGUGUUGAGCUUCAUAAUUUAAUUAAUUUUUCUUUCUGUGUAAUAGUAAUUGGCAAUAAUGCUUGAUAACAGUAGAGUCUGCCAAAUUGUACUCUAGUGCUAUUCCCACACCACCAGGUGAAUUAUGAAGACAUUUCCUCUCUUGAGUUUUUUAUUUUACACUAAAAAAGAAAGACCUUCAAAGAAAGACGUUUCUGACACCAUUCCCUGCUUCCAUUGAUUUAUGAGAAGAGAACAUUCCUUUUACUACUCUUAGAAAUCUAUUCCAUGUUUAUACAUUUCAGGCUAAUAAACCUAGAGCAAAUAAGGAUUAUAAGGGACUUUGAGCAUAUAGAUAAAUAGUUAAGGGAAGUUCUUUCAGGACGGCAGGUUAUGUGAUAUUGGGAAGUAGUGAUGUUCCUUUUCUAACUAUUCAGAAUCAUAUUCUGUUUUAAAAAAAGGCUUUUAAAACUGUGUUCCUGGUUAAGAACAUGUGGGAAUCAACAGUAAAGAUAGGAAAAUGUUUCAUGUCUUUUAAAGACAAAGCUGUUUUUUCCCUACUGGUAAUAAUUAAGCUAUAGCAUUUUGGUAUAGGGCAGGGUGUGAAGAUGUUAGACAUUUUAAUGAUAGUUAGUAAAAACCAUCUUCAUCUUUGCGAAGUAUAGCUUGAAUUUGACUAGACCACAGAGGUCUUUAUUAUUUACAGCUCUUAAUUUGAGUUUGUUUAAAAAAAACAACCUGGCAUUUUAGUUGAUGGUACAAUUUAGGCUAGCUUUUCUGUGCUUAGAAUUGUGUUUAAAACACAACAGUGCCUCAAAGUCAAGAGCCAGUGAGAGAGCAUAUUGUAUCUUUGCCAUCCCAGGAUAUUAUAUAGUUUUUCCACAAAACUAAGAUUGCUAUUUAGGAUUUAACAAUUAAAGUAGUGGUUUUUUUUAAAAAAAAAAACCUGUCUUCACUGCAUAGCUCAGGUACAGCUUAAAUGCAACAAUGCCUGCUAGAAGAGGGGAUUUUAUAAUGCCCAACUUCUACAUCACAUUUGAGAUCUGAGGAAACUUAUUUCUUAUGUCAACAGAUCUUUGAUUAGGCUGGAUGACUUUUGAAACGGUUUAGGGUGUUUUGAGGACAGUGUGUAAUGCUUUUAAGGCUUACAACUUGGGGAAUCUUCAGUAGUGUAGCAUUUAAAAUAAUGGGGUGGACUUUUUCUUUGCUUUGUCUGAGGCCCAUCUCAGUGUCAUGAUGGCAGGUAUCUAGUAGAUAUAUCUAAGUAGUAGAUAUAUAACAUGCUCACCAUCUUGGUAGAUGGGAUUCUCUGAGAUAAGGGGAAAAGGAAGAAGGAAAAAAAACCACUUUUUUUCUCUCUAUCUUUCUUUGUAGUAAGCAGAAGGAAACCUGUCCUAUUACUGAUGGACAUCAAAUCUUUCACUUGAAUUGUCUAUAGACACUACAAUACCUCAACUGAUUAAUACUAAAUUAGAAGUGAGUUUGACAUGAUCAUAGUAACAUUGGUCCCUAAUUUUGAGAUGCCUUCCACAAAAGCUAAUCACCGUAAAAAUAGGAGAGCCUGUUCUUUUCACAAUGCUUCCCAAACUAUCUCCACAUCUUUGAUAGAAGAUCUGUUGCAACCAUUAUCUUGUUCUUUCUUUAUCAUGUAUUAUUUUAAAGAUGCAAAAUGCAUUUAAUAUAUUGUGUAAAUACAAGACCUUUAAACAAAUAUAAAUGAAGCUGUUCACAUAUUACUAAUUUAGUUACACAAAAGCUUAUUUGGUGGGAUGGGGAGGAAAGCAGCUGUGUUGUUUUAUCAGAGUUGAAUGAAAAUGGUUCCAUGUUGCUGUUAUUGCUAUUAUUAUUGGUGUAAUUCUUCUGUUUUUAUAAAGAUGCCAGUUAAGUCAAUACAUGUAUCUUGACCUGUGUAUUAUUUGUUCUGAAACUUCAAAAGCAUACAUUUGGUAUAGAUGUUUAGCCAGUGACCACUGUAUGUGGAAACUUUUUUCUCUUAUAGAGAUAAUUUUCAUUUAAUUUGGCAACAUUUUCCAAGUCAGUUUAGUUUUUCUAUCCUUGCCAAUGAGUAAGUGUAGUCAAGUUAAGUGUGAUGCUGAAUAUUAAUAAUUUUAUAGUUCGAAGCUAAAUGGCCACUAUCAUAUUCAUUAAUUCAUGCACUUUUAACAUUCAUUUUGGACAAGGUUGGAUAAUAUUAAUUUCAUAAGAAAUUAAAGACAAUCCUGUAAUGAUGUUUUUGUCCAGGCUAAAAAUGAGGGUGAUUUUCUCUUGGUUUAGUGGUCAUAAGAAGAUUACAGAAUAUCAUCUCUAUAUAAUUAUUUGUGUUUUACACUUCUUCAGAUUUUCAAAAGUUGUUCUGAAAUGUUUGGUCAUAAAGGAAGGAUGUUCAACAGAAACCAAAUUUAUAAUUAUUAGAAAUAAAUAAAUUUAUAGGGCUAGGACCCUAAAACAUAUAGGGAGAGCUAAACUGUAUAGAGAUGGAUGUACCAGCUAUUUGUAGAUUGUAUCAAACUAGGUUGUUUGAACAAUUGAACCACUGUUGACCAAGUAUUGUCCUUUAGAUAGCAGCCUCUUAAGUGCUGAUAUGAAUUAUAUAGAUCGUUGAAGAGACCUAGUAUGAGUUACAUAACAAUGAAGCUUUGUAUAUCAGUUUAUUUAUUUUAUUUUAUUUAUUUAUACUUCAUAUUUCUAGACCACCCAUCUCCCUUAAAGAGUGAGUUUAGAGUUAGUUGAUUAACUUUGUAGGAAAAUGCCAUUUUCAACACAUAAUUCAUUCUUCUCUGGUUUCUUGUUUUUCCAAAGGGUGGCCCCAAAUGUUGAAACUGUUUCUUGUCAGCAACUGACUUUAAAUGGUAUAAAUGAAUAUUUCAUCACCAAGAGGGCUCACGCACCGAACAUAGCAAUCACAGAAGAAAUGAAAAUAUACCUUUGACACCUUUCAGAAUAAGAACUGAUAGUAGAAACUCUUCAUAGUUGAUUCAAAGGAAUUUUGGCAGCUAUUAAUCCUGUAGAAACAUUUACUUGAAUCAGGAAGUCAAAUCAAUUACACUAUCUCAGAGAUACACCUUAGAUGUUAGUUUACUUAUUCUAUUUAUUUGAUAUGGUCCCAUUUCAGUUUUCAUGAUUUUAUUCAUGAACUGUGUAUCUUUUAUUUGGUAGCACUUUUUAGAUUUUUUUACAGGCAUUCCUUAGUAUUUGGAAAACUAAUAAGAUAGGCUUCCUAUCCAUGACUUUCUUAAUAUCUUUACAUUAAGUAGGUUGUCAGUAUUACAUACAUAUGGAUGGGGUUCUUUUCUCCCCCCCCCCCCCCUUUUGAUUGUCUUUCUCACUGUCUUCUGAGCUUUAUUUUGCAGCAGCCAUUUUGGACAAAAAGAAGGGUUGGAGAAUUCUUUUAAUGGCAUCCAAGAUAGUGCAGUAUGGCUUUUAAAGCCAUAACAUACCUCUGAGUAGCAAGGCUGAGGUGUAUCUGAAUUAAGGUCGCCACGAAAUAGCAAAGAUCCAUACUGUUUACCAAAGUAUUGCACUUGUAAAGUAUUGCAAACUAUUUUAAAUCCUAUGGAUUUUGUAUAAGGUUUAUUGUAACCUAUUUAUUAUAUAUAUUUAAUAACUGAUUACUGAUUUGGGCCUUGGGCCCUAAUGUAUGGAACAUUGAUUCAUAUUGGAUCUCAUGUAUGCCAUCGUUUGGUAUAAAUCUGGUUGGGAAGGAUCAUUUUUAAUUGUGAUAUUCAAAGGAUAUACUCCAGUUUCCAUAUUCAUCUUUGGUAGUGCUGCCCCUUUUUCUGUUAUGUGAGACCUUUGGUUAGGAAUGU